CACACUCUCUUUCACACACUACAACACACAGACUGUGUGUUCUACACUGUAUUUUCUACUGCGAUUUCUAAUAUAAAAAUUUGGAAUCCAGCUCAACUGUGGAGUAUAUCGUGUUUGUGUGUGUAUAAUUAAAUGCUGGUGAAUUUUUCUGAUGAGAUUUUUUUCGCUUUAAAUGCUUGGUGUUGAAGUCAAUUUCUGCUGCUAACUUAUUAGAGUUCUCUCUCAAAUUGAGAUCUAUUGUUGUCUUCGGUCUCGACGCUUUUCGUGAAGAAAAUGCCGGUGGAGCUUCGCCGGAGAGUUUCAUUGACAUUUUUUUCCGGUGAAUUUCAGUUGUAGUUAGUUUGAAGCUCUGAUGGCGACGACGGAGCUCAAUUUUCGCGGAUAAGAACUUCAAAGGAGAAUUCUCUCGUUAUGUUUCAAGGAAAUUUCCACAUGGAACUCUGCUUUAAGUCAAUCUUCUUCAUACUUUUCCUUCUACCUCUAUCUUCUGCUGAUUUAAACUCAGAUAAACAAGCGCUUUUAGCUUUUUCCAAUUCUGUCCCUCAUGGCCCAAAGCUCAACUGGAACAACAACACUGAUAUCUGCAAUUCAUGGGUAGGAAUAAACUGUACUUCAGAUGGGACCCGUGUAUUUGCCCUUCGACUUCCAGCAAUUGGGCUCAAAGGCCCAAUUCCAUCAAACACACUUGGAAAACUCGACUCUUUACAGAUUCUAAGCCUUAGAUCAAAUCGCCUAAAUGGAACCUUACCUUCUGAUCUUCUAUCCCUUUCUUCCCUCCAUUACCUCUUCCUUCAACGCAACAACUUUUCCGGCGACAUUCCGGCGACUUUUCCUCCCCGGAUUAUCGUUCUCGACCUCUCGUUCAACUCCUUCGCCGGAAACAUCCCCGCCGGAAUCCAGAACUUAACCGAGUUAACCGGGUUAAACCUCCAAAACAACUCCAUAUCUGGCCCAAUCCCAAAUGUAACAAUCCCUACAUUAAAACAUCUAAAUCUAAGCUACAAUCAUCUCAAUGGCUCAAUUCCUUCUUCCCUUAAAGAAUUCCCAAGUUCAUCAUUUAUCGGGAAUUCUUUCUCAUGUGGGCUUCCUUUAAACCCUUGUUCUCCAAUAUCUCCUUCUUCACCCAAAAAAGAAACCUCAAAAAAGAAAGAGAAACUUCCAUUAUGGGCAAUUAUCGCGAUUGCAGUUGGAGGUGGGAUUUUGGUUUUGAUUUCACUUAUUGUGCUGAUUUUAUGUUGUGUGAAGAGAAAGAGUGAAGAAGAUCCUAGAAGGGUGACAAAAGGGAAGGCUUCUACACGAGGUGAAAAGCCUAGGGAUGAAUUUGGGAGUGGAGUACAAGAGCCUGAAAAGAAUAAGUUAGUUUUCUUUGAAGGGUGUUCUUAUAACUUUGACCUUGAGGAUUUGUUAAGGGCAUCUGCUGAGGUUCUUGGAAAGGGUAGUUUUGGAACAGCGUAUAAAGCGGUUCUUGAAGAGUCGAUGACUGUUGUUGUGAAAAGGUUGAAAGAAGUUGUGGUUGGGAAGAAGGAAUUUGAACAACAAAUGGAGAUUAUUGGGAGAGUUGGACAACAUCAAAAUGUUGUCCCACUUCGGGCUUAUUAUUACUCAAAAGAUGAGAAACUUCUUGUUUAUGAUUAUAUGUCUGGAGGUAGCUUGUUGACACUCUUGCAUGGAAACAGGGGCACCGAGAGAAACCCCGUAGACUGGGAAACCCGAGUGAAAAUAGCUCUAGGAGCCGCAAGAGGCGUCGCCCACAUCCACUCAAUCGGCGGCCCAAAAUUCACUCACGGAAACAUCAAAUCGGCAAACGUCCUCAUCAACCACGACUCCACCGGCUGCAUCUCCGACAUCGGCCUAGCUCCGCUCAUGAACUUCCCUCCUCCGACCUCCCGUCACGCCGUCGGCUACCGAGCACCAGAACUCCUCGAAACCCGAAAACACACUCACAAAUCCGACGUCUACAGCUUCGGCGUACUCCUCCUCGAAAUGCUCACCGGAAAACAACCGAUUCAGUCUCCGGGGAGAGAAGACAUGGUGGAUCUACCUCGGUGGGUGCAGUCGGUGGUCCGGGAAGAAUGGACGGCGGAGGUUUUUGACGUCGAGCUUAUGAAGUUUCAGAAUAUUGAAGAGGAGAUGGUGCAGAUGUUGCAGAUUGGGAUGGCGUGUGUGGUGAGGGUGCCGGAUAUGCGGCCGACGAUGGAGGAGGUUGUGAGGAUGAUUGAGGAGGUCCGGUUGUCGGACUCUGAAAACCGGCCGUCGUCUGAUGACAAUAAAUCCAAGGAUUCUCGUGUGCAGACGCCGUGAUUUGUGGAUUGAAAUUUGAAAUUGUAAGUUUGUGAAGAAAGGAGAAUAAAUUUAUUUGAUUGUCUGGAUUUUGCUAAAUCCUCAUUUGAUUGAUGUGUACAUGAUUUAUGGAGUUGUGGAACUGGCGAGGAAGAUUUAAAUUGUUUUAUUUUGGCAUAUUUUAGGAUGAAAUUAACAGACUCCAUGAUAUGGAUCAUCUUCA